UCCGGGCUCGUGGUUCGCUGGUUGGAAGCUUCGCGGGAAACGUCCCAAAACAAACCGGCUCCGAUGCGCACGCGAGCCGCGUCGACGGGACCGUGAAGUUUCUCCGAGGAGAGUUAUCCGUUUAACGGACACCGAGAAGGCUCCUCCGUGUCGGCGCGCGCCGUCUUGGGGGGAGAACUUGCGGUUAGAAGCCGCGAAGAGCACGCGGAGCUCCGCUAGCCGCCCUCCGUAGCUCCGGGCUAAUCGCCGCUAAUCGGUUAGCUUUAGCACCGAGCUAACCUCCAGCGGGGGGCCCGGCCGGGGAUCCACCGGCUUCACACCGGGAGGGAGGGAGAUGGCGGAGAGGCCGGAGGACCUGAACCUUCCCAACGCGGUGAUCACCCGCAUCAUCAAGGAGGCGCUCCCGGACGGGGUCAACGUGUCCAAGGAGGCGAGGCGGGCCAUCUCUCAGGCCGCCAGCGUCUUCGUGCUGUACGCCACGUCCUGCGCCAACAACUUCGCCAUGAAGGCCAAGCGGAAGACGCUGAACGCCGGGGACGUGCUGGCUGCCAUGGAGGAGAUGGAGUUCGAGCGCUUCCUGGAGCCGCUGAGAGAAGCCCUGGAAGUGUACAAGAAGGGCCAGAAGGGGAAGAAGGAAGUGUCCGAGCAGAGACGCCGAGACAAGGAGGAGAAGAAGGCCGGCUCGGAGCGGGACAAGAGCCGCGAGGAGGAGGAGGAGGAGGAAGACGAGGAGGAGGACGAGCGCAUGGAGGAGGAGGCGGAGGCCGAGAACGAGGCGGCGGCGGCGGACGAGGACGAGGAGGUGGACAACUAGGAGCAGUCCUCCUCCGGAAACCGGCAAGUCGGAACAAACGGCGCUUCAGAGCGUGGAUCAAAACCUCGGCCUGCGUCCAGAAGCGAUCGGCGGCGGAGAACGCUUCCGUUUCCCUCGCUCUCCUCAAACCGCCGCUUCUUUUGUACUUUUGUAGAAUUGG